AUGCUGAGCCCCAAGCCCCGGCUGCUCCGUGCCCACCAAGUGCCCGAGAGUUACCGGGAGCCGGGAAUUCUCUCCGGGUACCGCCCGCCCCGGAGCUCGGCCUCCGAGUGCCUGCUCAGCCUCUUUGGGAUGAACAACGAGACCCUCAACAUCUGGACACACCUGGUCGCUGCCGGGUAUUUCCUCUGGCUGCUCCUGGCACGGCUCUGGGAUUUUUGGGAGGAUCCGGGGGCGGGGCCGUUCCUGGCUUACCUGGGCACGUGCGCCCUGUACCCGCUGGCCUCGAGCGCUGCCCACACCUUCGGGGCCAUGGGCGGGCACGGCCGGCACCGCGGCUACUGCUGCGACUACGGCGCGCUCAGCCUGUACGGCCUGGGCUCGGCGCUGGCGUAUUCCGCCUACGUCUUCCCUCCGGAAUGGGUCGGGAGCACAUUCCAUGAUUUUUAUAUUCCCAUGGCUGUGUUCAACUCCGUGCUCAGCACCGGCCUGUCCUGCUAUUCCAGGUUUCUGGAGGCGGAGCAGCCCUGCCUGAGCAAAGCUUCCCGAACUUUGGCCUUUGUGUAUCCCUACAUUUUCGACAGCAUCCCAGUUUUCUACAGGCUCUCCCGGAGCUGCUCCGAGGGCUCGCUCCCGCUGCAUUCCCGGCACAGCCUCUGCGCCCUCCUCACCUUCCUGAGCUUCACCUCCCACCUGCCCGAGCGCCUGGCGCCCGGGAGCUUCGACUUCAUCGGGCACAGCCACCAGGUUUUCCACGUCUGCGGGAUUUUGGGAACGCUCUUCCAGCUGGAAGCCAUCUCCAUGGACAUGGCGGAGCGGCGGGGCCGCUUCCCACUUCCCUCUUCCCUGAAAACCUUCGGAUCCCUGGGAAUGGGAGCAGCCGCCAGCCUGGCCAUCCUCGGGAUCUGCUUCCGCAGCCUCCGCCCGGAGCCUCUUUCCCGGGAAAAAUCUCACUAG